AUGCUAUUGCGAUUUCCAUAUUCUGCUUGUCAUUAUCGUCUUCCAUCUCGACUCAUUCCAGCAGAUGCAACGGAUGAUCGUGUUUGUAAGCUUCCUGAAGAUCUCGGUAACAGAGCUCAGGAGCUUUGGAAGGAAGCGUGGGAAAUGCGUGAAUUUCGUCAGCAGCUAGUUGGAAUAGAUAAAAACCUCUACGCGAAGGUCUCGCAUUUGAUGACCCAGCUUGGCGUAGAAACGGAAGAGAAAGAAGUCCCCAAGUUGUAA